UUAGCCUAAGCAAUGCAAAAUGUUGCAACUUGGAAAAAGCUUGAGGCAAAUUAAAAAUUAUAAAAUGCUAAAACCGGUUUUACCAAACUGUUUCAGAUGGACAUGGCUAAAGCCACAAUUUGGAGGAUUAAAAAUGAGUUAUUCCACGGUUACGCCUCAAGAAAUUCAUUUGGGACAAACAGAAUUGCCAGACUAUAUACGAGAACCCAUACAAAAUGUCCUAAACAAACACCAACUCAAUUCUUUGUCGGAAAGGAUUUUUAUGAGCCUAGAAUACACUUUGCCAAGGUGUAAAAAUCAAGCCCUUCUCAUAUCAUUGCUGACUUACAAAGAUCUUAUGGAGAGCCAAGGUCUCAAAGCAGUUGACUUAAGAAGGGCACAAAUUCUGGGUUGGUGUGUUGAAUUAUUGCACAUGUCAUUGCUAAUUUUUGAUGAUAUAAUGGAUCAUGGUACCCUAAGAUAUGGUCAGCUGUGUUGGCACAAACUUGAGCACAUUGGGAUGAGUGGCAUAAAUGAUGGUCUAAUUAUUGAAAACAUCAUUUAUUUUGUGCUGCAUGAAUAUUUUGGCGACAAAGAAUACUAUGUGGAAUUGUGCAACCUCAUGAGAGAGGUGACAUUGAUAACGGCCUAUGGGCAACUUAUGGACUUGAUGGUCUCACAAGGCUCCAUCGCCUUGUUUACCAAGGAAAUGUUUAGAGAUAUAAGCGAUAGAAAAACCGCACUCAGCGCCUUCUAUUUGCCUUUGGCUUUGCCCAUGCAUUUGGCGGGUGUUAAAAAUCCCAUUGCCUUUAAACAAACCAAAAAGAUUUCAUUGGAUUGA